AAUGUGUCUGUGAGAGGACGGAGAGACUAUUUGUAAAAAGCGAAGCAAUAACUGAAGAGGAGAUGAAAUGAGAGAACUGAAGUACAUCCUUCCAUUGCGCGACACCUCACUUGGAGCCGUGAGUCUGCCUACCUGUGGCCAGGAUGUGAGCCCAAUAGCAUGACAACAGAAGCUGGCAUCAACUAAGAGCCCAUGUCCUCUUGCUUUAGCACCAUAGCAAUCACACAUCCCAAAAACUGACUCUUGGUGUGCAAGCAGAAGUUUUAGGGGGGAUUUGUACUAUUCAAUGUUUAAUUUUGUCUGUGAUAUUUCUUGUUAAAUUACUAUCCAUUUGAAGAAAGCUGACACUAACACAUGGGUCUGAUAUCUGCUGAUACUACACUCCAAAUGUUUCAUCUCAUAUCCUCAUAAACAAACUCUUACUCACCUCAUCUGAGUCUGCUCUUGUUACCACUGGGGAUUAUGAGGCCGACUUCGGUAUUUCUUCAGUCACAGUGUCUCCUGUGUGUGUUUGUUGUGUCUGGUGUGAUCAGACAGCUACCCCACUCUCUACCAUGGCAUGUCUCCUGCCCGGCUCGUUGUGUGUGUCAGAUCAAGCCGUGGUUUUCUCCUGAGUCUGUCUACCAUGAAGCUCGUACGGUGGACUGCAAUGACCUGUUGUUGACCAAACUCCCUGUUCCCAUUCCCCUGGGGACGCACACCCUACGCCUGCAGAGUAAUCAACUGUCUGAGUUGGACAGUGCAGUACUGCACGGCCUGCCCCACCUCACUGACCUCGAUCUUUCCCAAAACCACUUCAGCCAGAUUACAUCAAUAAUGUGGAUUUCCUCCCUGCCAUCUCUGCUGUCUCUGCACCUGGAGGAAAACCAAAUCAGUCACCUGCCCAAUGCCUCCUUCUCCUCACUGCCAGCUUUGCAAGAACUCUUUGUUAGCCACAAUAAUUUACAUUCAAUUGCACCUGAAGCCUUCUCUGGUCUGGACCUUCUCCUGCGUUUGCAUAUCAACAACAACAGACUCACCACUGUUAACCCUCUGUGGUUCAGGGCUUUGCCCAGUUUAGAAGUUCUGAUGUUGGGAGGAAAUCCUGUGGAAACUCUUCCAGAGCAGGGAUUCAUGGCCUUAAGAUCUCUCCGGAGUCUAGUACUUGGUGACAUGGGCCUGAGAGAUAUAGUUGAAGAUGCACUGGAGGGUUUGGACAGCCUGGAGAGCCUCUCCUUCUAUGACAACCUCCUGACAAAAGUCCCCACACUAGCCCUGAGUAGAGUGCCAGGACUUAAGUUCCUUGACCUUAACAAGAAUUGCAUCAAACUAAUUGAGACAGGAGACUUCCGUGACAUGGUGCACCUGAAGGAGUUAGGCCUGAACAACAUGGAAGAGCUAGUAUCCAUUGAGAGGGGUGCCCUGGAGAAUCUUCCAGAACUCACCAAGCUUGAAAUCACAAACAACCCUCUCCUAUCCUACAUUCAUCCACAGGCUUUCCUUCAGCUGAGCAGGCUGGAGAGUCUCAUGCUCAAUUCCAAUUCUCUGAGUGCUCUCCACCAGAACAUAAUGCUCUCCCUGCCAAGUCUUCAGGAGGUCAGCUUACACUCUAACCCUCUCCACUGUGACUGCCUGUUUCACUGGGCUGCUGGGGUACAGUCUCACCCGCAUGCUGUUGAAGAUACUCAAAGAGAGAAUCUCACAUCUCGGUUGGUGCGUUUCAUCCAACCCCAGGCCACCCUAUGCUCUGAACCCCCAGAACUUAGAGGUCGCAGAGUGAGAGAGCUGUCCUCCAAGGAGAUGUCAGCCUCCUGUCUACCCACAAUCCCAGCCACAUCCCUCCCCUCAUAUGUAGGCGUUAGAGAAGGUGGGAAAUUGGUUUUACCUUGUCGAGCUCUUGCCGAUCCACAACCAGAUAUUUAUUGGGUGACUCCAUCUGGGUUCCGACUGGGUCCUGCACAAAGUCCUAAACCCAAGUGUUUACAAGCUCCUACUCCAACAGAUUCAGAAAGUCUCAGCCACACAUUAGUUAACAGUAUCUCUCUAAAGCAGGCUCAACACGAUACUCCCUGUAACAACUCCCAACAUUACCACCUGUUGCCUGUAGGAACCCUGGAGAUUGAAAAGGUUACCACAAGUGAAGCAGGAUUGUACACCUGUGUUGCUGAGAAUGCAUUAGGAGCAGAUACACGCAGCAUUACUGUGGGUGUUCAUGAGGAAGAAAGUAAAAAAAUGAUGGCGAAGGCUGCAAAACUCUGGAAAUACCAGUCUUUACAAGGUAAUGCGAAAUUACGCCUCGUAGAGCUCGGAGAACAUUAUGCUAUCCUGUCUUGGCAGGACAUGGGAAACCUGCCCUCUACCCGUCUAUCCUGGCAGGCCAUGACCUCAAGCGAACAUCCACCCUCAUACACCACACGCAUCCUGGCCGGUACACAGAGCUUCAACCUGACUCACCUGCAGGGGGAGACAUUUUACAGAGUGUGUCUUCAUUUAGGGAACCAUGAGGUGUCCAAACAUGUGAGCAGACAGCUUCAGUGCAUUAUAAUCAGGACAAAGGCAGCACCUGAACCACAGUUUGAGGACAUACCCUUGGACAGGUAUAUGACCACCCUAGCAACCAUACUGCUCGAGCUCGGGAUCAUAAUGCUAGUGGUGGCAGCAACAAUAUGGGAUGGUGAGUGUACUGAUAUUGAUGAGGAACUCGAGCUUUACACUGAUGUGAUCAUUAGUGAAAAGACUGAAGGUGGAAACAAACAUAAACCAAAGCUGAGCGAGAAACUGCUACCACAUCAGGACUGCUGAGAUCAUUAUGUUUGUGCACAGGGAAAGACGCAGACAACACAAGAAAUGUGUGAAAUUAAAAAUGGCAAAUUAUUCUGUAUCAAGGAGAGAUAAACAUAACAGCAGGGUGGAAGAAGAGAUUUGUAUUUAUUUUAUAUACCAUAUAAAGUAUAUAUUGACAUUGUUUCUGUGUCCAAAUGUGUUGUUAAAAAAUAUCCCUAAACUGUAUCUAUAGGCAAAAUGGACAAUCAGUAUUCUUCAUAUUCCUGCAGUUCACCCAGUUAACAGGAACAAGUUGAUAGUUGGUAGCUGAAUGAAAAACUGUAAAGAAAUUGAGAUUGAAUGCAGGGACGGACCAGAGAGUGACUCAGUCCACCACAGGUUUUUGUCGUAUUUCCACGUUCCACAGAUUCAGCCUGAGACAAACAGAUAAAACUGUGUUUCUUUGUGAAUGAAAUCACUGCUUCUUUUGGCUCUGUAAAGUAAAAGUGUUUGAUGUAGACAACGCUUUUGUUAAAAUUUCAGUGUUUCAGACCGAACUGUCCAUCUUACCAUGAAUAAAUUCAUCUAUGCCUCACAAAUGCUUUCAGCAUAAAAGUGAUCUAAAAAUGACUGUGUUAAAUUCUAUUUUGAGCUUUACAAAAUAAAAUCUUUUAAAU